AUGGCCAUGCAAUAUUCUCAGCAGGGCUUUUACGACUUCGCCCCUCAAUGGCCCGACGAGGUGAAGCCUGCCUUGACCGAAGACAAUUCUUCUGUCCUCGACGACCGAGUCCUGGAUUCAUCGACCCCGGCCGACAUGACAGCGGCUGCUCCCAUUGACAACGGACAUCUCGCCAUGCCGAAAGUGGAGGAUGACUUCUCCGGCCCUACGCAAGUCUGGCAGGAAAGACCCCAAGCCGUCAUGAACGCCGCCAGGCACUACUCACAGCCGUCGAUGUCCUUAGCAAACGUCAACACCUCGUUCUUUGCUCAACCACCCUCCGCCAACUGUGGCUCUGCAUUCGCGCAGACCCCUUCCUGGCCGCUCACGGCGCGUUCGGAGGCGAGCACUCCUACGCCGUUCUUCGCAGCAGCACAGGACCAGUUCAACCAGCAAGUCCAGUACCCCGGCGGCCCGGUGACGUUGUCUACCUUCGCUCAACAGGAUCCCCUGUCGGCAGUUUCCAUGUCCCCACAGUCAAGCCAGGGUGGAUGGGCCUCGACCACCUCCUCCAAUGCUACGGAGCGCAGCCGAAGACUGCGACACCACAAGUACCGGGCUCCCUCGCCUGGACUGGUGGUCAGAUCAGAUGGCAUCAGGAAGAAGAACGCCAAGUUCGACAUCCCCUCCGAACGGAAUCUCGCCAACAUCGACCUCCUCAUUGCGUCGUGCGUGAACGACGAGGAGAAGAAGGAGCUCAAACAACAGAAACGCCUUCUCCGCAAUCGUCAAGCUGCGCUUGAUUCCCGUCAACGCAAGAAGAGUCAUACUGAGAAGCUGGAGCAAGAGAAGAAGAUCUUCACGGAUCAAAAGAAUGAGAUGGAAAAUACAAUCGCUCACCUCGAAGCGACUCUCCUCCAAGAGAGAGAACAGUGGGCACGUCAACGCCAGCAAUGUGAACAAUACAUCCAGCGACUGCAGUAUGAACGGGACGAGGCCAUUAGAACCAAAACUCUCGAUACUGCCGACCUUCGGCGUCAAAACAACAUUCUCAAGGACACCGUCAGAGACUUGGAGAGGCAUCAGCACAUCAAGGCAUUUUCGAACAACCCUGCGGAUGCAUUCACAAAUGACUUUACCAACUUCCGAUCCUUGGAUCUCGAAGACACGUGGGAUAGUGAAUUCAGUCUGAUCAACCCCGACGAUCUGAAGCUGGAAGAAAACGAGUCGCUCCAACGACAAGCCACACCACGUCCCCCUACGUCGACCCAGCACGUGGGAGGUGACAGCCUCGACGUCAAGGUCGACGCCGGUUUCAGCUGGAAUACCUUCUACAUGUGCCUGCUGGCAGGUGCCUUUAUUGUCUCUCAGACCGGUUCCUCGUCGACUAAUGCGGCCACAUCAGCUGCCGUCAUCACCUCUACGAUGCCGGCCCUUGCCGACGACUAUCGUGCCGAAGCUGGCAACGUCCUCAAUGCGGUUCUCGCUUCCAGCGCGGCUGGUGCACAUGAAGCACUGCCCUCUCGCCCAGCAGCCGCAAACAUGGACCACAGUAAUUACCAACAGGCAAACUUGGCACAAUCCGACAGAGUGCCGAACGCCGGUCGUGCCGCCGAGACAUCCUUGGACAGCUUGCACGCAACGCUCACAACGCCAUCACGUCAACAGCAGACCAGUGCCGCAUUCUCUCUGUCGGCCUCGUCCUACAACCACAUCGCCAAUGGGGACAGUGUGUUUGAUGAUGACAGUGAUGACGUUGAGAUUGUUGAAGUCAAGCCAACUCGGCUUCAGCAAUUGUUUGCCAACAUGCAAGCUGAGCGAGACGGCAUUGACAAGAUGGCCGGCAUGAGCAGCAAAGCCUGUGAAAGGAGUGUCCUCCUCGACCGUGUUCCCGAGAAGGUCCUCCGUGACUUUCGGGAGAUGAUUGCUCGCGUCGAGUAA